AUGGCUUUCCCCCGCGUUGUGUUACCUUCGCGACUGGCUUCGGUCGCACGACGUAAUGUUUUCUCUCGCCACAUCCACUCUUCGCCCGUGAGAGCGGCCGUCGCCCAUCCCAUCACAGCUCAAGGUCCUCCGCCUAAAGCUCCGACCCCGGCGGAAGCUUUCAGGGAGUCAGCUUCGCAGAAGGGUAAUGCAGGAUCUGCCGCGGGAGCAGAGGGUGAAUCACAACCGACCAGGGCGAAUGUUUCGCUGAAGAAGAGAUUCUGGAAGGAUGUUCAUGUUCAUGGGAAGCCUGACAAGCGUCCCGUCCGAACCCCGAACAAGGACAUCCUCUCCAUCCCACCAACAAAGCCCCAACUAGCCCACGCCAUUGCACUAGAAUGGGACGUCAUGACCUCCGCCCAACAAGCCUUAAAAAGCCACCUAAUCCCCCUGACCUCCCUCGCCGCCCGCGCCGAGGAUAUUGUCCGCGAAGAAGCCAAAGGCAUCAACACGACCCGCGACCAAAUCAUCACCACAGCCAUGCGCUACCUGGAGACAGACACAUUGCUAUGCUGGGAACCAGAGCGGGAGCGACACCCACUGGAACGACAGAAUGAUAAAGGAGAACACAUCGAGAGUCUACGGGAGAUUCAGGUCCGUGUUUCGCAGGAUAUUAUGAGCUUCCUGUCUACGAAGGUCUGGCCUGGUCUUGAGAUUGUUCCUAUUCUGGACACGCAGAGUAUUCUACCUGUUGCUCAACCGAAGGCUACGCAGGAAGCUAUUCGUGCUUGGGUGCAGGGAUUGGAAGCUUAUGAUCUUGCGGGUUUGGAGAGGGGGAUUCUUGCUUCUAAGAGUCUUCUUGUUGCGGUUCGGUUGGUUGCGGAGUGGAGUGAGAAUUUCCGUCAUGUUCAGCAGAAUGGGAAUGGUGGGAAGGACUUUGGACUUGAGGAGGCGACUGAGGCUUCGAGUUUGGAAGUUAAGUGGCAGACUGAUAUGUGGGGCGAGGUUGAGGAUACUCAUGAUGUUAAUAAGGAGGAUUUGAAGAGACAGUUGGGGAGUGUGGUGAUUUUGGUGAGUGGCGAGACGAGAUAG